AUGGCCGGACAUCAUCAUAGAUCGUCCUUCAAGAAUGGUCACAAAACGUACAAGUCAAAGCACGCCUCGAAGGGCUCGCUGAAAAGAAUGUAUAAGGGCAAAGUAGAGAAGGAUAUUGCUGGUAACAAGGCGCUGAAGGGUGAAUCAAAGCUGCAGAGGAGGAACAAAUCGAAGCAAUUGAGGCAACAGAAAAUUAUUGCGAGCAUGCUGGAGAGGAAACUGUUUGAUGGGCCCCAUGGGGCACCCAAGAUUUGUACGGUGAUCCCAUUGACCGUGGACGUGGACGUUAACCACGCGGUCCAGCAUUUGUUUUCCGCUGCUGUGGACUUCAAAUUUGAAGAGAUUACGGGACCAUGUGUAAGAAACUGCCAUGUCAAGCAAUUCAAGUCUAACUUGAAAGUGGUUGUGCCUGACAUGACUAAUUUCCUAGAAGUUUUAGAUGCAUCCAAAGUGGCCGAUAACGUGGUGUUUGUGCUGAGUGGGACCUCAGAGGUGGACCCUGAGUAUGGGGAACAGAUUAUCCGUGCGCUGGAAUUACAAGGUAUCUCAUCCUACGUAGGGGUAGUAUCCAACUUGUCGAAAGUUCACCCAAAGGAGAAGUUCCAGUUAGACGUCAAACAAUCUUUAGAGAGUUACUUCAAGCAUUUUUUCCCCAAUGAGGGCCGUGUGUAUAACUUGGAGAAGCCAUCCGACUCUAUGAACGUGCUGAGAACUCUGUGUCAAAGGAUCCCAAGGCCAGUGAAUUGGAGAGACAGUAGAGGGUAUUUGGUGGCAGACACUGUUGAUUAUGCAGAUGUUGAUGAAGAGUUUUGCGAAUUGAUGGUCGAGGGUAUUGUUCGUGGUGUCGGUUUGAACUCGAAUAGACUAGUUCAUAUUCCAAACUUGGGUGACUUCCAAAUCUCAAAGAUGGAAAGAAUGAAGGCAUCUGCGCAAGGUAAAGCAAUGGCAAACAAGAAAAGGGGCAAAGAUGAAGACUUAUUCGAUCUCACAGAACAAAACUAUUUUGAAUCAGAUGCAAACAGAGAUACUUUGGAAGAAUUCGCACCUGGGGAUAUCGACGUUGAUUUGUACGAGGAUGGGGUCGACCACGAUUUCCACUACAAAGAUUUGAAUGCUGCAAGAUUCGAUGACCACGGGUAUUUGCCCAGACAAUUGGAGGCUGAAAGGGCUUUCAAGGUCCCCAAGGGUACCUCUGACUACCAGGCGAAGUGGUACAUAGACGAUGUGAUAACACCAAACGAUGAUGAAGAGUUUGAAGAAAUGUCCGAUGAGGAGACCGCCGAGAUGGAAAUCGAUGAAGGACUACCGAUCUCCACAGACCCCAUGGAUUCAGGUAUGGACGAGGAGGACGGCGAGGAGCAAGAUGAGAUGUAUGUCGAUCUCUCCCCGGAGGAGGAGGAACGUCAACUUCAGGAAUACAGAGCAUUGGAGGACGAGGAUCGUGAGUUCCCGGACGAGAUCGAAUUAAACCCAUCUGAAUCGGCGAUCGAGAGGUUGAAAAUGUACAGGGGUUUGAAAAAUUUGUACAAUUGUAUGUGGGACAUCGACGAAGUGGACCCCAAUUGUCCAGAGGAAUGGAGGCGUUUGUUGCGGUUCGGUAGUUAUAAAAACACAAGGAACAGUCUUUUGAAGGAGGUCAGCAGAGAGGCACAAGUAAUUGCCGGUGACUAUGUUAAGGUUUACCUGAAAUUCCCCAAGAGGCUUCUACCACAAAUUUUAGCACCUCAGGAGCACAUAUUUGCCCUGUACGGGUUACUACCACACGAACACAAAAACGCAUUAGUAAACUUCACAUUGCAAAGAUGGGAGGAAUACAAAAAUCCAGUUCCAUCUCAGGAGCCAAUCAUGGUUCAAUACGGUGUGAGAAGAUACGUCAUCAAUCCACUAUUCUCAGCAGAUACAAAUACCCCCAACAACGUCCACAAGUACGAGAGAUUCUUGCACCCUGACGUACAGUCCGUGGCAACGUGCAUAGCACCAGUGGAUUUCACGCAAUCACCAGCCAUAUUCUUCAAGCCAUCCGCGACUGAGAAAACGGGUAUAGAACUGAUCGGCCACGGUAGUUUCAUGAAUGCCGACCAUACAAGAAUAUUGGCCAAGAGAGCAAUCUUGACGGGCCAUCCAUUCAGAUUCCACAAAAACGUGAUCACUGUUCGUUACAUGUUCUUCAACCCAGAGGACGUCGAAUGGUUCAAAUCGAUCCCAUUGUUCACGAAAUCUGGUAGAUCCGGGUUCAUCAAGGAAAGUUUGGGUACACACGGGUAUUUCAAGGCCAACUUCGAUACCAAGCUAUCUGCGCAGGACGUUGUUGCAAUGUCCCUGUACAAACGUAUGUGGCCAAGAGCUUCCGAACCAUGGUUUGGACAAGCAUAA